AUGGUGCACCUCACACGCCUAGCAUUUGCAGCGCUCUGCCACGUGGUAGCUAGCCAAAAUAUGCCUUUCGACGCGCGAGAAGCGACCAUCGACUCUGUACACCAUGCGCUCUACUCCGGACUCUCAACAUGUCGCGAAGUGGUAUCUUCUUUCCUUUCCAAUAUCGAAGCCAACAACAACCGGACGAACGCAAUCAUUACGUUGAAUUCCAAUGCUUUGGCUAUCGCCGAUGAGCUGGAUGAGCAGCUUUCGGCCGGAAAUGCUACUGGACCACUGUUUUGCGUUCCAAUACUGCUCAAAGACAAUUACGAUACAGCAGAUAUGCCAACGACGGGUGGAAACCUGGCCUUGGCGCAUUCGCAACCAUCUGAAGACGCUCCAAGCGUGGCUGCUUUCAAAAAGGCAGGAGCCAUCAUCCUAGGCAAGGCCAACCUCCAUGAGCUAGCUUUGGAAGGCAUCAGCGUGUCUUCUCUAGGUGGUCAGACAAUCAACCCGUACGACUCAACCCGAACACCAGGCGGAAGUUCGGGUGGCACUGGCGCUGCUGUCGCCUCGUCAUUCUGCGUAUUUGGCACCGGCACGGAUACAGUGAAUUCACUCCGCAGCCCGGCAUCAGCAAACUCUCUAUGUAGCAUCCGGCCUACGCGUGGACUCAUCACUCGGACCGGCAUCAUUCCCAUAUCGACCACACACGAUGUCAUUGGACCCAUCGCACGAACGAUCAAAGACGUCGCCACAGCGCUGACUGUCAUGGCUACAACAGGCUAUGAUGCAGCCGACAACGACACUGCACUCGUCCCAGGUCACAUUCGCAGCACCAAUUACGCUUCCAAGCUUUCCAGCACCUCACUCAAAGGGCUGCGCAUCGGUGUAUUGAACGGCUUCUUCAACCGCACAGACUCCCCCGAAGUCACACCGGUCAACAAUGCCAUGGACUCCGUCAUGUCGCGUCUCUCCGCGGAAGGCGUGACACUGAUUCCCAUCAACGAGACCAUCUACAACGCGAGCGCCAUCCAAACCGCAUACGAUGUCCAGCGCUUCGAGUACCGCGAGCUCAUGGACCAGUAUCUAGAACGUCCUUCCCUUCAAGGCGAGCAUCCCAGCACACUGAACGAACUAUAUUCUCGCAGAGCCUUCAAUGGGUCCGGAGGAGAGUUCCUCGUCAUCCCCUCUCAAUACGAAUACGUCAACACCGCCCUCAGAUCUUCCACAGGUAACGCUACAUACAACGAUCGUCAAGCCGGGAUCCGCAAUCUCAGGCUCGCUCUUCUCAACACCUUUACUUCAAACAAUCUCGACGCGAUUAUCUACCCCGAGCAGAAGAACCUCGUUGUCAAGAUCGGUUCGCCGUCACAGUCUGGACGUAACGGUAUCUUAGCCGCAUUAACAGGUACGCCCGUUGUCACCGUGCCAGCGGGCUUCUCCGAUCCGAGUGAAGAGGCGCCAAUUGGCGUACCGAUUGGCAUGGAGAUUUUGGGGAGGCCAUGGGAAGAAGAGAAGCUAUUGGGGAUUGGGUAUGCGGUGGAGCAAUUGCUGAAGGUGAGGAGAAGUCCGGCUUGGGCGAGAGAGAUGGUAGAGGGGAAGAAGUACGAGAGUGUGCCGGUCGUGAAGCCGGAUACGGGAAAUAUUCCGGAUGUGUAUCCAUUGGGGACGCUGAGAUAG